UGCUUCUUGAUUUUUUGGCUCACGGCUCUGAGUUAAACUAAUGAGUUCUUCAAGGAUGCGGAAGAAUUUAUGGGCUCAACUUAUUAAUUUAAAGGGCCCUAGCUUAGCCGCUUUACUUAAAACGGAAUCUUAUACUUUAUGCAAGCUAUUAAGGUAUUUUGAGGAUUCUCAAAUCUUUACUAAGGACAAUAAAAGUGAAGGUGAUUCCGACUUAGUUGGUCAGAUCAAGCAAGUAUUUAAAGCAAGUGACCAGUUUUAUGCAUUCAUCAUUGCUCAAGCCAAGGAGCGACUCAAAGACUCCUUGUACUUACAGCAUGAUGACACUAUAAAGGAGGCUAUUAAGCUUUAUCAUGAAGAGCGCUACUGGCAGCUAUCAAGUGUAUGUUUUUUGUUAAGCAAUUUAAAAGAAGACGAGGCCUGCAAGUAUAUUGUUCGGAGCAAUUUUAUUGAGAAUGCUGAGUUUCGAACUGAAUUGUUUCUAGAACUGGAGCAAUCGUUACUAUUUCGCCGUUCUUCAACUUUACUAUCUGAAGAUUAUUCCUUUGAGAACGAAAGUUUCUACGAAUCACUUAAACUUUCUGAGGCGGCUUUGUAUUACUGCCACGCCAAUCAGGGCUGCGUUGAAAAUCUGAAAGAGCUUUGCAGAAUUUACGAGGCAACUUAUCUUACUUAUCUGCGGGAUUUUGACUUUUCGUCUUCUCUUCCUCAAGAGGCUCUUGAAGAAGUUCUGGCUAAUCUGCAUUUUGCUUUUCUUGCUUGUUUGCCUUUGCAGGCCGCUCUAAACUUUAGCGUGGAUGAUUCUGAGAAGUCGAGCCCGCUGCAAACCCUCUGGCCGCUGCAUCCUACUAUAACUUCUGUGCUGGAAAAGCUCAGAGGCGAGAGAAACAUGUGCUCUAUUCCCAAUGCGGAGGCCCUUCCCGACUUCCUGCUCUUUGUGUGGAACACUAUGAUGAUUCCGUUCGAUAUGAGUAUUUCGCGCAGCAUCGAGACCAUCACCCCUCAUAUCAGUCAUUUGAGUUCCCUAUUGGUGUCUUCACGUCGCACACGCUCCAAGGCUCGGCUUAUUCUUAGAAAAAUAAGUUUUUAUGUUUUCCUGCUUCUUCUGCACCGCUACGAUGUUUCUUCUUUGCGUGCCGAAGUAGCGAAUCUUGCUGCUUGCCUAUUCUUCCACAGCCCUGAUUUGUGUGAAGUAUUUCUGGCGGAGUGGUUGACGGACGCCGACAUUCGAAACGUCUUAUUGGGUGACAGCGCCCUCUAUCUGUCCCUGCAGCCAGCGGACGGCGGGGACAUAUACAAUUUCGGCUCCGAUCUUCUCUCUAUUCUUCGACUCCUCACGGCGCUAUCGGCCAAUCAGACAUGCGCAACGCUUGUGGCCCCGUACCUGCAUAGUAUCAAAGUUCUGUAUAACGACACUCCUAGUUGCCCAUUGGCUUCUCUGCUUUCUCUUAUCCUGGAAAGAGUCUCUCAGGACCUCCACGGCCACUUCAUUUCUCGGUCUGUCUCUGCCACUGCGGAGCUUGGCGAUGAGCAGCAGGCCAAUCUGCAGCAGGUGGGAAGGCUUGUUGUUCAGACCCUACAACUGCAGGCAACAUCUCCUUCCAUUGCACUCUCGUAUAUCCCAGAGCCCCCUUUGCGGUGCUGUUUUGCUAUUAUCACCUUGGUUCUUCAAACAUGUGCGACUAACACCGCCGUUCCGUACUGUCGCUUUGAGGGCUGCCUCCGGUGCUUUCCUUGCUUGCUACUGGCUGCGCUGAGUUGCGUUCAGGCGCUUGAUGGUUGGUGCGGCGGGGAUUUUCCUGGAGGCUUAUCCCGGAUGGAAGUGCAAGCGUUCUGCUCUUUCUGUUUUCCUACUGGUCUCCAAAAGAACUACUUUCGCGAAUUUUUUGCAAAUUACGAAAGGCCAGCCGCGAGAUAUCCGGUUACCGAAAAAUACAUACAACUGUACCGGUCGCUGCUAAGAACCUCUCUCCGGUUGCCUUUUCGUGUUGAUAUUGCAGUAGCAGUUAAGCCGUACAAGUCGUCCACCCUCAACUUUGAGGCGGGCGAUUAUCUACUGCUUUCCCCGUCUCAGGCGAGCACUGUCGGAAUGCUUCUGGGCGUGCGCCACGAGGGCUCCUUUCUGCUGCAGGAGUACGACGACCUUCUCGAUACAAUUUCUCGGUUAGCGUGCUCGUUUCCUUCCGAGCAUGUUAUUCCAUUAACCAAUGCAGAAGUCCGUUUAGACAUCCAACAACUUCUGUGUGGCUUCCAAUUUUGUGGGGGCGAUCUACUUUGCGAGAUUGACCAAUGGCCGUUUAGCAAUACUCGCGAUAAAUACAAGCUCAAGGCUCUCCUCGUGGACGUCUGCACACAGCUUCUCGAGGGCUCACAUCCCAGCGCAGAAGCCGCUGUAUUCCAAAGUGCCUUGCUAGAACGUUUGUUUGGGGAUGAAAGGCUGCGUACACUUUCCUCCACGCUGAUCAACGGUGUCGCUGGACUGACGGAAACGGCACUGCUUUUUAUGGCCUCCAGAGACUUUUGUUACUACCACACACGUGAGAAGCUCAUUCACUCAACACUGCGUUUUCUUAACCUUCUGCUCGACUUCGCAAGUUCCUUGGAGCAGCCCUUUUCCCGUUAUAUCUUCAAUUUUUUUACUGCCAUCCCCCUCGCUGGCCAUCCGUCUCUCGUCCACGUUGCCGCCUCGCUCAUUGAUUUUGGCGGGUUUGUUGGCGAGAUAAUUCUUAUUGGAGCCCUUGAGAUUGUCACGAAGGUGUGCGUUCUUGCAGGAAAAAUGCAAGAGCAGUGCCCUCCCACCUUAGCCGCCCUUUUUGAGCUGCAGCGCCACCAUUUCCGAGAGGCACUGGCGCAACAGCUUCACGAAAGGGACUGCCCUCAGCAACUGAAAAUUGCGUGUGUCGGUUUUCUUCGCGCCGCGCUGGCAUCAUCGUCGGGUUUGCUUUUUCUUUUUUUCAAUGCGGAGAGCGGAUGCGGUCCCAACGGGAGGGGGAACGCAAACCCCGAACUCAAGUUUGGCCCGGAUGGUUUGAUUUCGGCGGUUGUUAGACUUCUAGAAAGCAACACCGAAAUGACGCAUCCACGCCUUAUAGAGGAGGUUCUGUUGUUCUUACUAGAAUUGUGGCAGACGCCCUCUCUUGGCAGUGCGACGCACGUGCUAAGGGACCACGAGCAUUUCUGGAUCGCGUUGAACUCCUUUUUUGAGCGUCUUGACUCCCGCCUAGUGGCUAUUGAUCCCUCCUAUUACGGGAGCAGCAAGGCCGAUAGGCUUGAGAUGGAGAAGCAGUACACUCGUGACUUUUAUUGCGCCGUGCACUGCGCCUGGGCGCUCCAGCUUGCGUGCCAUGAACUUUAUGCUACCUUUUGCAUGUUAAAACCAACCGAAGAUCUUUUGGAGUCCCUUCCGACAGGCUUUUUUUCACUGCUGAAGAACGCGCUGAGUCGAGUGCAGCGGUGGGUCUAUGCGCAGUUCGCCACGCGGUCUCUCUCCCAGAAUAUCGAGCUUUCCUCUGCCACCUGGAAGCGCUCCGUUGCCCUGAAGAACCUCUCCACCGUUGUAUUGGGCACAUCGUCAUGGCGCGACUUCUAUGUUAGGUCCCCAAGUACUCUCUAUGGCCCGAAUUACCGCAUCAAUAUCCCUUUACUGACCGCCAAAAUACUCCCUACCAAUGAGCGCUUGGGAAGGUACACCCUAGGCUCUCCGUUGACCGACCUAGUCAACCGUGUCAGAGAGGAGAAUUUACAUUGUUCCUUAGAAGCCGUCAACCACCGCCUUGCUGAUUCUUGGCGCAUGUUUUUAGAAGUGUGCUGUUGGCUUGGAGUGUUUAACACGCCGAGUUUCGAGGGCACUUCCGUUAGAGUUGUGGAAGAUAUUCUGGGCAUUCUACAUCGUUCACUUUCCUAUUCUGCUGCACGUCCCUGCGAGCUUUUUACUUCUUCAUUGCUGAGUCUGGUGAGGACUUGCCCCUCUUACAACUUCGACCAUCCGGACUCCACAGGAAACAUCAUGAAAUUUAUGAAAGAGCUCAUUUCUCAUCAUAUAGCCGAGGAGAACACAUUGGAACGCGUGGCUAGAGGAGCAUGUUUGAUUUUGGAGCGGGACCUCCUGAACACGUUGCUCUUCCUCUUUAAUAAUCUCGAUAUGAACCUUGCCGCACCCAUGGCCUCGUUGUGUAACGAUGAUUGGUUGUGCAUACAGUGGACUUUUUACUAUGUCUUGCAGCUCUUGCACAUCCGCGUGCACGCUCUCCUGCGAGCAGACGAAGACGAGUCUGCGGAAGCCAGCGAGGUGGGCUUGCAAAUUUCCAGCGUUCUUCUUCGCAUUUUUUUUCGUCACGGAGAUUCGAAGAGUUUUUCAGUUCUUAAGAAAGGUCAACUCGCCAACUUCCUUGGCCAACUUUUCUUGCUGUUCGAGACGUAUAUUAUGAAGGAGAAGAGAGGCCGCUUAGUCGUGUCUGCAUUAAAUUUUUUUAUAUCGCUUUCCACCACUAAAAAGGGUGCAAAGUUUUUGCAUGAAGAGCAAGCAGGGAAACUUUUGCUCUCAUGCGUUUGCCGUAACUCAGAAAAGUUUUCCGUUGCUUCGACCAGAGACACUGCUAGGGGCCCCUGGCAGUCCUUUUGGAUUAACAUUCUUGCUUUACUUGCCGGUCUUCUCCGUCUCGCCCCAGAGCUCUUCGCCGAGGACGUCAUCUCAUUUGUCUCUUUUUAUUUCGAGCGGCUAACGGUUUAUGGGCUGCACACCCCCAAAUGCUUCUCUCCGCAGGGUGAAAAAGUCACGUGUGAAAGGCUUGAAGAGGCUGAAAGUGUUCUUACGCUCUUGUUGGAACUCGGAAAGAUUGGUGCGUUCUCGUCCAGUUCGUCGCUGGUGAGCUCCAAGCGCUGGUUGCAGUCUCUCGGCUCCGAUUCGCUCGCUAUUGCCACCGUAAAAUGCUUAGAGAUGUUAAAUCUGUUUGUCUACGCGCUGGAAGAUGCCGAGAGGUUGAAGAACUGUGUGGCUUUUCCCCGCGAAGAGCGCGACGCCGCUGGUAGUGAAGAGGACAGAGAAAGCCAAUCAUGUGUUCUUCUCUCUUCUACGGAAAACAUUUAUAAAAACAAACUUUUUCUGAAAGAAACAACAACAUUGCCGCCAUUAUUGCAGGCUGAAGCAGCAUUUGUGCGGGUCAUUCAGAAGAGCCUUUUCGUUCUUUACCAUCUCACCCCGCCUGCCAUCCUGAACACUUUCCUCUACUGCCCUGACGUCCAUGUUCCCUUUGUGGAGUCUGGAUUCGUACUCUCUCCGGCGGCCCCCUCGUUCGCCUCGUUUGUUUCAUGCUUGAAUCUUUUCAGAAGAAUUCUCGGAAGACUUGAACACGAUUGCGGCCCGGAUGACCAUUGGCUCGUAGCCCAUAUUGCCGCCAUGGUCGGCUCCCCGGACUGUAAUGCCGCCGUUGUGAAAAACAGCCUUUUGUCAUCCAUUGCAAUUGCACUGUUCAUUCUGCUCUGCCAGGAUAGAUUAUUUUGUUUCCGCUCUGGAAAGACUUUAUUGCAAUACGAUCUGCUUAGAGACUUGUGGUGCUUUGCUGACAGCUUUAAGAUCUUAAGCAAGAAAGUCGAGACCCCUGCUGCUUGUACGAAUGAGAAAGCUACACCCACAAACUCCUCUUUUAUCUGGCAUCUGUUGGAGAUUGCUUUGUCGUCUCAACUGGAAAGCUUUUAAAAUUUCUACAUGUCCGAUGGCUACUCAUCGCUUUUGCUAUUUUUUUUUGCUCUUCAAAGAAUUAUAU